AUGACUGGGAUAACCAUCACCGUCGGUUUCAACGCUGUUCUCGCCGGAAGCACUAAAACGGUGUCGCAUCAGCCGCCAUUCUCUGUUAAAUCUAAGCUCUUCGGUCUCCAACUCUAUCUCGCCGAACUGUCAAUUGUUUAUCUCUCGCCUUAUCAUCACCGCAUCCCCGCAAUCACCUGCCGUUACGGAGGCGGUGGCGGAGGAUCGCGAUUCGCUGGGGAUAGGCGAGGUGGACAAAAAGAAUCCGAGGACGAUGAUGCGCUUGAUAUCUCUGCUAUUAGCUCAGCUACUGUUAGGCUUAUUGAUGGGCAACAGAACAUGAUUGGUUUAGUUUCUAAAGAGGAAGCCGUACGAAGAGCUGAAGAAGCUGAGCUUGAUCUGGUGAUACUUUCGCCGGAUGCAGAUCCUCCAGUUGUCAGAAUGAUGGAUUACAGUAAAUACAGAUACGAACAGCAAAAGAGGAAAAAGGAACAGCAAAAAAAAACUACACGCAUGGACUUGAAGGAGCUUAAAAUGGGUUAUAACAUAGAUCAGCAUGAUUACUCUGUACGCCUUAGAGCAGCGCGAAAGUUCUUGCAAGACGGUGACAAGGUUAAAGUGAUUGUGAACAUGAAAGGCCGGGAAAACGAGUUCAGAAAUAUUGCUAUUGAGCUCCUUAAACGUUUUCAGAAUGAAGUUGGGGAGCUUGCAACUGAGGAGAGCAAAAACUUCCGGGACAGAAAUUUGUUUAUUGUCUUGGUGCCAAACAAGGACGUUCUUCGGAAAGCACAAGAACCACCACCGAAAAAGAAGAAGAAGCCAUCUGAUGAUGAAGCUUCGCCGGCGAAUAGUAUAACUGCAACUCAAGAUGUAUGA